AUGGACAAGUACGAGGCUGUUCGGGACAUCGGGUCGGGCAACUUCGGGGUGGCGCGGUUGAUGCGCAACCGCGAGACCCGAGGGCUCGUCGCCGUCAAGCUCAUCGAGCGCGGCCACCGGAUCGACGAGAAUGUGUACCGCGAGAUCGUCAACCACCGGUCGCUGCGGCACCCGAACAUCAUCCAGUUCAUAGAGGUGAUCCUAACACCAACGCAUCUUGCAAUUGUGAUGGAGUAUGCGGCUGGUGGUGAACUAUUUGAUCGAAUCGUCGAUCGUGGGCGAUUUAGCGAGGAUGAGGCCAGGUAUUUCUUCCAGCAGUUGAUCUGUGGAGUGAGCUAUUGCCAUCACAUGCAAAUAUGCCAUAGAGAUUUGAAGCUGGAGAAUGUUCUCUUGGAUGGCAGCCCAGCUCCACGGCUUAAGAUAUGUGAUUUUGGCUACUCCAAGUCAUCAGUACUACAUUCAAGGCCAAAAUCAGCUGUGGGGACGCCAGCAUAUAUUGCACCAGAGGUGCUUUCUCGGCGGGAGUACGAUGGGAAGCUUGCAGAUGUAUGGUCCUGUGGAGUCACUCUUUUUGUCAUGCUUGUGGGAGCCUACCCGUUUGAAGAUCAGGAUGAUCCUAAAAAUAUUAGAAAGACCAUUCAGCGAAUAGCAGCAAUUCAAUAUAAUAUCCCAGACAAUAUUCACAUAUCUGAUGAUUGCAGACAGCUCAUUUCACGUAUCUUUGUUAGCAAUCCAUUAAGGAGAAUCACCAUGAGGGAAAUAAAAAGCCAUCCAUGGUUCCUAAAGAACUUGCCGAGGGAGCUCACAGAAGCGGUGCAGUUAUCCUACUUCAGGAGGGACAACAGUGUCUCUGCCUUUUCAGACCAAACAACCGAAGAAAUCAUGAAGAUUGUCAAGGAGGCAAGAACCUUGCCAAAAUCAUCGAGAUCAGGCUAUGGCUACAGUGAAGAAUGCUCAGAUGAGGAGGAAAAGGAAGAGGAGAGCGAACCCAAAGAGGAGGAAGAAGAUGAGUGUGAUAAGAGGGUUAGGGAGGUAGCUCUUUGGCUCUUUGCAUAUAUGGAAGCUCACAUGAGGACGCAGGAUGAUGACCUGCCAGAAUGCCUAAUGAAAUUCUGGUUUAUAAACUUCACCUGUAUUUACAAGCUACCUUCUGCCAUAGUCCCAUGGAUUCAAAUUCUUGCCUUGGAACAAUUCGCUGCAAUUCAACUGAGCCAGAUCAAUGAGGCUGAUUCGUUAGCACAGGCACACUACAUUUUAUCCUCACUGGGCUGUUCAGGGCUUCAGACUAGGUCUGGUCAGAGUUACCAGCUACAGGCUACAGCUUUGAUUAUGAUGGGUACUAGUUCUCACGCAGAUUCUCAAGAACAUGUGCUGAUGUGCAUCAGCAAACAUGUUGAUAUAUAA